UCUCACAUUUCCUUCACUCCCCAUCUCCAUCUCUCUAUAGCUCUGUACUCCCUUGUUUUCCCUUAACCUUAAUCCUAGCUUCAAGCAUGGCUGACAGAGGAACAGGAGAAAGAGGAGCUUUUCGCCGUGGAUUUGGCGGUGGCCCUCGUGGUGAUCGCGGAGGCAGAGGCCGCCGUCGUGCGCGCCGUGACGAGGAGGAGAAAUGGGUUCCAGUUACUAAACUGGGCCGCUUGGUGAAGGAUGGCAAGAUCAAAAGUUUAGAGCAAAUUUACCUGCAUUCUCUCCCUAUCAAAGAGCAUCAGAUCAUCGAUACUCUUGUCGGUCCAUCCCUCAAGGAUGAGGUAAUGAAAAUCACUCCUGUCCAGAAGCAAACUCGUGCCGGUCAGAGAACCCGGUUCAAGGCCUUUGUCGUCGUAGGCGACGGAAAUGGCCACGUUGGAUUGGGAGUUAAGUGCUCAAAGGAGGUUGCUACUGCCAUUCGUGGUGCCAUCAUCCUGGCCAAAUUAUCUGUAAUCCCCGUGAGGAGAGGAUAUUGGGGAAACAAGAUCGGAAAGCCGCACACCGUGCCAUGCAAGGUUACCGGCAAGUGUGGAUCCGUGACAGUGAGAAUGGUGCCGGCUCCACGUGGUGCUGGGAUUGUCGCUGCACGAGUCCCCAAAAAGGUUCUGCAGUUUGCUGGGAUAGAGGACGUUUUCACCUCCUCCAGGGGCUCCACCAAGACACUUGGAAAUUUCGUGAAGGCCACCUUUGAUUGUCUCCUGAAAACCUAUGGAUUCUUGACUCCUGACUUUUGGAGGGAGACCCGCUUCACCAGGUCUCCUUUCCAGGAGUACACUGAUUUACUGGGGAAACCAACUAAAGUCCUAAUUGAAGAUGCAGAGAAAAUUGAAGCUUAAUGCAGAAAAGCCAGUCUUGAGUUGUUGAUGAUGAGAAUAUAUGGCCAAGAAUUUCAUGUUAAUCUCGCUUAGUAGGUUCUCAAAAACUAUAAGAAAUGUUAAUUUUGUUUGUGGUUAUGUUGGAGAUUUUUGGAUUUAGUAAUAUCUUUUGCUGUUUUGAUCACUUGUCAAAUGGAUUGGAUUGUUUUGUUUUCAA